AUGCCCGUCUUCACCACCAUCCUCUAUCCCUCGGCCUCCGAUGCCACCUUCGACCUCGACUAUUACCUGAACAAGCAUAUGCCCAUGGUGCAGGAGCACUUUGGCCCCCACGGCAUGAAGGGCUGGAAGGUGCAGAAGCUCGUCGGCACCGCCUCCGGCAAGGGCUCUCCCUACAGCAUCACCUGCGCCCUCGAGUUCGGCACCAAGGAGGAAUUCGACAACGCCCUCAAGGCCGGCGCCGAGCCCGUCAUGGCCGACAUCCCCAACUUCAGCAACAAGGACCCCAUCUUCCUCGUCGGCGAGCAGGUCGGCGCGAGCUCGUAA